UAAAGUUAGAAAUAUUAAAUAUUGAAUCUGUAUAAAAUCUAUGGAUAGAAUCUUUACAUUCUUUACCAGAGACACUUCAGAUACUUCCGUGAACUGUAAGAGCUAACCCUUCAGUGGUGCUGUUUUGAAGCACGCCAUCUCCCCUCUAGUCCGUGGAGCCCCCUGUCAGUGAGGAGCACGCCCUCGAGGUGGAAGAGAAUGCUGCUGAGCGGAGGGGGAAGCCAGGCGCUUGGCCUCCACGUCCAGGCACGUGUACAGCUCUGCCAUCCCGCUGCCCUUCCUGGGUCAGGUGCUGUGCUUGGAAUGAGCACUGCUUUGUGCCUCAGUCUCUCACCCUCCUGCCAGCUUGUCCAGGACAGGUGCGCCAGGUGCCCGUGAGCUUUCACUCGUCAUUGCUGGUUGUUUGGGAGGCUGUGGCGACCUCCAGUGUUUCCAGGGCCUUCUUUGGGUCCCUUGCCUGGUAAGAGUCCAUUUGGUCUUGUCGCCUGAUAGUCAGACAGUAGGGAAAGAAUGUGCCUCAGAGCUGAGCCAGCUGACAAGCAUGGCUGUCCUGUGUGGGUCUGCAGCAGAGCCCUCGUGGGUGGAGCUGGGGAGAGCGUGGGAAUGAACCUUCAGUGCUAUGACUUGCUUAAGGUCUCUCAUUAUUUGUCAGUUCCCAGCCUGGGUUUAGUUAGAAAUUAUGUAAUUUCCAGUAGUUUCCAUUUUUACUUUUUCAUGAAAAUCAAUUCUUUUCCAUUUAAAUUUUAUAGUGAAGAGUGGAUUCAUGAUCAGCUUUUGACCACAUCAACUUUUACCCAUUCUAGCUUCCAUGCUGUGAAUUUCUAGUGACCACUGUCUCUCCCAUGUCUGAGGCUCUGAGGCUCCCAGGUGUGCGUCUGUAGCCGAGCCGCCCUCCUGUGGAGUUUAGUCCCAGCAGUCCUCUGAUACACACUGGCAGCUGUUGUUAGUUACAUCUUGUUUUUUUUCUUCCAGUAAUUUCAUUAUGAAUUUGAUAACAGACUGAUCAGUAGUUUUCGUUUCUUAAUUAGUGCAUUGGAAAUUGAUGAGCAAUUUUGUGAAAUGGAGAGUUGAGAUGGAACAAAUAGGGAAUGGAAAGGGGAAGGGCGGUCAGACAGACGGAAGUGGGCGGAUGUGGGGAUUCCAUACCCCUCAAGGUCCAGAGGCGGAUGCUGCAGUCUGGAUGUCUCAGGAGUCCCUUUGUGGAUGCCCACUGCCCUAGCGGCAGCCCUGACUUGUCUGGGCCCCGUGAGCCCCUCUUGGCUCUGGCUCCAGUGCCCGUGGCUCCUGGGUGAGGAAACCUCACUCGUUUCUCCUUGAGCUCAGUGAAAGCCCUGUUCUGCAAUGCAGGGAGGGACAGGUGGCCCACUGGCCACGGGACUCGCUGAGCCCACUUCCUCUGAGAUCUGCCUUGGAGGGCGAGGCUUCCCAUGGAGCGCUGAGUGAAGGUAUUCACUGAAGAAAAGCUGUGGGGCGGUACUGACACAGUCCGUCAGGUCCUAGUGACUAGCUGGAGGAUGAUGCGUUGUUUUCACAUUUGAUGUGAGUGAGGUGGUCCUUGUGUGGGUGGCUGUGGGCUUUUGCUUUGUCACCGCCUGGGCCCCAGACAUGCCACAUCACUUUAAUGCUGGCCUCAUUAGGUCAUCCCCUUACUCCCUCAGUUUCUCCUUUGUUUGCUUUUCUGUAUUACAGAUAUGUUAUACACCUUUUUAGUUUGAUUCAAAAGGUAUUUGUUACUGAAUGUACCAGGGAAACAAAAAUUAGUAAGGCCCUGGCCCUGGGCUCACGGGGCUCCUGGUCCAGUAGGCAGACUUUAAGUUCCCUGGGACAGGGGGUAAUAGGAGCACAGGGUACAGAGGAGUGCAAGCGGGGUUGCAGCGGGGAGAAGGAGACAGUCUAGAAGUCACUGGGGGGCUGUGGGUGUCUGUGCAGAAGAGGGCAAGGAGGGCUGACAUGCAGAAACCCGUGCAAAAUGCUUAGAGAUUGAAAACACCUGGCACGUAAAUAUACCAGCGUGCGCGCACAUACCGCCCAGGAAGAGUGCCUAGGCUUUGGGGCAGAAUUUGGGCAUUCUUGGGUGACCUAGAAAUACCUGAUGUAAAGCACCCCCCGGCCCCACCACCGUCCCUGACCUGUGCCUGGAACGGCAGCUGGCCUUCUGGGUAGAGGCGCCCCCUCUCCCCUCAGCCGGCCGAGCCCAGAGCCUGGACGCCUGUGGGGUGCGCCAAGGGCACUGCUCCCCUCUCCCUGCGCCUCUCCUCCGAGGGCACUCCGAGCGCUGCCUGGCGUCUUAGGCCCGGAGCCCCUAGAGCCGCAGAGGGUGUCGCCCACGCAGCCCUGCGGGCCCCAGGUGCUGCGUGUGGAGUUUGUGCUCCUGGUGGCCGCCCAGGCGCGACAGUCCAGUGACGGGAGGCCGCGUGUCGCGGCUGACUUCCUGAGGCACGGGGACAUGACUCUGGACUUGCUUCCGCUUUUCAGACGCAGCUCCGUGUGCGUCUAGCAGCGUCGUCUGAGCCAGAGUACGAAGGGCGCAUGCGCUGAGCGAGCUGGGCAGGCCUUGACUGGCGCGCACUGUUUGAACGUUUAUUUGGUAAACAAGUUGGCUCGUGAGUGUGAUUAGGUUUUAUGAUCUGAACUAUCCCUGUGAACACGAGUCAUUAUUUGCAGUCUCCUCAUGUUGAUUUUUUUGGUUAAGUUCUAAAUUUGGAGCACAAUAAGCAUAGAAAUCUGGAAGUUCUAGGUGCCCAGUAAACAGAGAAUUCGAAUCUGUCCGCCUGUUGACAUGGUCGGCCCUGGAGUUGGCACUGCCCUGAUGUUUAGCAGGUACAGAAGUCCUGGACACGUCUGGCACUUCACCCAGAGAGAGACAGCAGCUGGUGUCACGUUCCAGACAAAGCGAUUGAACAGUUAGUGCUGAUGGAAGGGCUUGUGGUUUCGGGUCGACUCCUAUUGGCACAUUUUUUAAAUGGGUGCCAAAAGCUCCAGGGUGAUCUUGAUAAGAUGCGUCUUAUACCAUGGCUUUCUCCAAGCUGUUGGAGUUCUUUGCAGACAUGAUCUCAUCACAUAACACGGCUGUGAAGUAGGGGGCUGAGAUGUUACCUCCCAUCUGCAGGAGAUGGCGGGCAGAGCCCUCAAGCAGACUGGCAGCAGAAGUAUUGAAGCCGCCCUGGAGUACAUCAGUAAGAUGGGCUACCUGGACCCGAGGAAUGAGCAGAUUGUGCGAGUCAUUAAGCAGACCUCCCCAGGAAAGGGAAUCGCACCAACUGCUGUGCCACGGAGGCCGAGCUUUGAAGGAACAGGCGACCCUUUCCCGCCCUACCAUCAGCUGAGCGGGGCAGCCUACGAGGGCAGCAGUGCACUAGACGAAGUGCCUCGUCAGUACAUGGACUUUCUCUUUGCCGGAGCGAGCCCUCACAGCAUGCCUGGCAGCCAUCAGCACCAGCCCAAAGGCUAUGCUGCGAACAUGGAGGCCGCAGGCAUGAAUUUCCCGGGGACCAGCCCCGGGGUCCAGGCCCUCCCACUGCAAGGCCCACACUACAGGCCACAUCUGCUGGUGCCGGGGGAGCCCCUGGGCUAUGGCAUCCAGCGCAGCCCCUCCUUCCAAAACAAGACACCCCAGGAGGCAGGAGGGUUUGCAAACCUGGCUGGCAAGGGCCCGGCAGUGCAGCCAGGGGCCAGCCAUGCAUUUCAGCAGGCAGGAGCAGCGACAGGUCUGUACGUGCCACAUCCACACCAUAAGCAGGCCCACCAGGUGCACAUGAUGAGCUCUCGGGGCCAGGUGUUCACAAGCGACAGCCCCCCCCAGAGUGUGCUUACUCCCUCUAGAAACAGCCUCAACGUGGACCUCUAUGAUAUGAACAGCCCUUCUGUCCAGCAAUGGCAGUCCUCCACCCUGUCCCGCCGCGACUCUCUUCAAAAGCCGGGCCUGGAGGCACCCCCCCGUCAGCACGUGGCAUUCCUGCCCGAAGGCCCUGUUCCCAGCAGAACCAACUCCUUCAACAACCACCAGCAGCAAGUGACCGUGCCCAUCCGGGCCGGAGUGCCCAGCAAACCAGAGCCUUCCAUGCCCUCCCCCAACACCAUCACGGCUGUGACGGCUGCCCACAUCCUGCAUCCAGUGAAGAGCGUGAGGGUGAUGAGGCCUGAGCCCCAGACGGCUGUGGGGCCCUCCCACCCAGCCUGGGUGCCAGCGCCCCCACCAGGGGUGGAGAGUCUGGACUCCAAGGACGAGCACCCUCUGCCCUUGGGGGGCGCUGCUGCCUACCCUCUGGACGUUGAGUACGGCAGCCCAGAGAUGAGGUGCCCGCCCCCGCCGUACCCGAAGCAUUUGUUGCUUCAGAGUAAGUCAGAGCAGUACGACCUGGACAGCCUGUGUGUGGGGAUGGAACAGAGCCUCCGAGGGGGCCAGGCUGCGGAGCCCGCUGACAGGAAUGACAAGAGCCACAAAAAUGCCAAAGGGGAGAAAAUGGGGAAGGAUAAAAAGCAGAUCCAGACUUCUCCUGUUCCUGUUCGGAAAAACAGCAGAGAUGAAGAAAAGAGAGAAUCCCGCAUCAAGAGCUACUCGCCAUAUGCGUUCAAGUUCUUCAUGGAGCAGCACGUGGAAAAUGUCAUAAAAACCUACCAACAGAAAGUCAACCGAAGGUUGCAGCUGGAACAAGAAAUGGCGAAGGCGGGGCUCUGUGAGGCGGAGCAGGAGCAGAUGAGGAAGAUCCUCUACCAGAAGGAGUCCAACUACAACAGGCUGAAGAGGGCCAAGAUGGACAAGUCCAUGUUUGUGAAAAUCAAAACCCUGGGCAUCGGCGCCUUUGGAGAAGUGUGCCUUGCUUGUAAAGUGGACACUCACGCCCUGUACGCCAUGAAGACCCUGAGGAAGAAGGAUGUCCUGAACCGGAACCAGGUGGCCCACGUCAAGGCCGAGAGGGACAUCCUGGCUGAAGCAGACAAUGAGUGGGUGGUCAAACUCUACUACUCCUUCCAAGACAAGGACAGCCUGUACUUUGUGAUGGACUACAUCCCUGGGGGGGACAUGAUGAGCCUGCUGAUCCGGAUGGAGGUCUUCCCUGAGCACUUGGCCCGGUUCUACAUUGCAGAGUUGACUCUGGCCAUCGAGAGUGUCCACAAGAUGGGCUUUAUCCACCGAGACAUCAAGCCAGACAACAUUUUGAUAGAUCUUGAUGGCCACAUCAAACUGACAGAUUUUGGCCUCUGUACUGGGUUCAGGUGGACUCACAAUUCCAAAUACUACCAGAAAGGGAGCCACAUCAGACAGGACAGCAUGGAGCCCAGUGACCUCUGGGACGAUGUGUCUAAUUGUCGAUGUGGAGACAGGCUGAAGACCCUGGAGCAGAGAGCCAGGAAGCAGCAUCAGAGAUGUCUGGCUCACUCCCUGGUUGGGACGCCAAAUUACAUCGCGCCAGAAGUCCUCCUCCGAAAAGGGUACACUCAGCUCUGUGACUGGUGGAGCGUUGGAGUGAUUCUCUUCGAGAUGCUGGUGGGGCAGCCGCCCUUCUUGGCCCCUACUCCCACAGAAACCCAACUAAAGGUAACUGAGGAGGUGAUAAACUGGGAGAACACGCUCCACAUUCCAACCCAGGUCAAGCUGAGCCCUGAGGCCCGGGACCUCAUCACCAAACUGUGCUGUGCUGCCGACCACCGGCUAGGGAGGAAUGGGGCUGACGACCUGAAGGCUCAUCCAUUCUUUGGCACCAUUGACUUCUCUGGUGACAUCCGGAAGCAGCCAGCCCCCUACGUUCCCAAGAUCAGCCACCCCAUGGACACCUCCAAUUUUGACCCCGUUGAUGAAGACAGCCCUUGGAAUAAUGCCAGUGAAGACAGCACGAAGGCCUGGGACACGCUCACAUCCCCAAGUAACAAGCACCCUGAGCAUGCAUUUUAUGAAUUCACUUUUCGAAGGUUCUUUGAUGACAACGGUUACCCUUUUAGGUGCCCGAAGCCUUCAGGAGCAGAAGCUUCACAGGCUGAGAACUCCGAUUUGGAAAAUUCUGAUCUGGUGGAUCAGACUGAAGGUUGCCAACCAGUGUACGUGUAGACACUGACUCUGCAUCCCCCCCGCUCUGCUUCUUCAGAAGCCGGGGUGCCUGCAGCUGGUGCCUUAACAGGCCAGUGGGCAGCUGAGGCCAGCUUUGCUUGAGGUGGUUCAUUGAUUACUUCACUCGAAAUACUGGUCUUCAUUGAAAACUCCCAAAACAAACAAGAAAGCUUUUCUAAAAAGGACUCCGGUCUAGCAGAUCUUCCUCUCUAGAUUCUGGCUGACGGGGGGAGAGGGAGGUGGGGCGGGUGGCAACAUUGCUUUCAACUGGCUGUUGAGGACCUUCACUGCGUUAAAACAAUAUUUUAAAAAAUUUAGUACAGUUUAGAAAGAGCACUUAUUUUGUUUAUAGCCAUUUUUCUUACUAAGUUAUAGGGAUUAACUUUGAGAAAUCAUGCUGCUGUUAUUUUCUACAUUUGUAUUUUAUCCAUAGCACUUAUUCAUAUUUAGGAAAAGACAUAACAACUGAAGAACAUGUGAUAAGAGGUCUCUGUGCAAUAAUGUAAAAAAAAUAACACUGUUCUGAUGUUAGUGAUACAUUUUAUUCACACAAUGGUUUUUGUUUUAUAUUUUUUCCCACAUUUCAAAAUUGUGAUAUAAUGUUAAAAGCUGCUUUUUUUUUUUUUUGCUUUUUGCAUAUUAUAGUUUAAUAGGAAGUGUGAAUAAGGUAAUUAUGUGGGUGUGAUUUCAGAUGUCUGGUGUGUAGAAAGUACUGCAUGAGCAGGGUUUUUCUGUUAUAAAAUUACCAUAUCUUGCCAUUCACAGCAGGUUCUGUGAAUAUGUUUUUACGGAGUAUCUUUAAAUGAGGUGUUCUAGACAGUGUGCUGAUAAUGCAGCGUGUGGGUGACUUCCUUGCUGUGAUUGUGUCCCUUAUUGUUUUGUUAAAGAAAUGCAGAUGUGUAAAUGAGAAGUGACUUGUGUGUGUGUCUUGGGUAUGAUUGGAUUCUUUUGGGGGUGAACUUAAACAUUUGUCAUAUACUAAACUUGUAUACAUCAAAAGGGAGUAAUUUAGCUAUUCCAAAAAUUUUAAGCUAAUCAUGGAAUUAUGUCCGUUUCAGUAGUCAGUGUGCUUUUUCGUUUUUGGCGUAGCUGAUACGUGGAAUCCAGUAGCCGAGACCCUUCUGCCAACAGACGGCCCGCGCUGGAGGGCUUGAUGGCGUCAUUCCCUGUUGUGUCACAGCUGAGGGCUACCACGGUGAAAUUUAGUAAUCUUGAGGUUCCUUCACAUUUUUUUGCUGUUGUGCUUUGAAGUAUCAAUCUUAACUUGGUUUUAAAAAUACAUUUUUCUAAUAUUUAUAAAACAGCAAGGAUUAUUCAAAGUGACAUUGGAAUAAAUAAUGAAGCCAUACAUAUUUUCUUAGAGGUGUAGACGUAUAUAUAACUGCAUAGAUAAACACACAAAAUAUUCCUUAUUUCAAAUGAGUAUGAUUCCUAUUUAAAGUGAUUUAUAUUUGAAUAAAAAGGUCAAUUUUUUUGCUUUUUAAAAAAUCUGAUGCAUCAUAUUUUUCAUUUUAUUAUUCCACAUAUUUUUCCUUGAAGUUUUUAGCAUAAUGUAUCCAUUAUUUAGUAUAUAUCUAGGCAACAACACUUAUAAGUUUAUCAAUGUCUAAACUAAAAAAAACCGAUUCCUGUGUACUGGUUUACAUUUGUAUGAGUGGCAAAUGCUAAAGUCUGCUGUGCUUGUAUCGUGACUGUCAGUAUUGUUGCUAUUUUAUAGUAAUGCCAUGUCGUUAUUUACAGCGUUCUGAUGUACUUUCAUGUGGUAGUUUCUUUCUCAGGAACUCAAUUUAACUAUUAUUUAUUGAUAUAUCAUUGCCUUUGAAAAGCUUCUACUGGCACAAUUUAUUAUAAAAAUUUUGAAUCCAUA